AUGCUCCAGGCGCUCAACGAGCUCGGCAUCAAGGUCCUCACGCCCAAGGCGACCUUCUACCUGUGGGCCGACGUGAGCGAGCUACCGCCGCCCCUCAACAACGGCGUAAUCUUUUUCGAGCAUUGCAUCCGAUUCAAGGUCAACCCCUUCCACCGCCGCCGCUUCAACAAGUCGCCCUAUAUCAACCACCUGCGCAUGUCCUUUGGGCCCGCGUGGCCAAACCUCAAGAUGGCGGUGGCGGGGAUGACCGAGCUCGUCGCCCUCGCCAAGAGGGGCGACCUUCCACCCCUCGAGUUCCGCGGCAGCACCGCCGCGCCCCUGCUGUCGCCCGAGCCAAAGGCCCGCCGCUAG